CCCCCCCCCCCAUUCCCAAAAAAAAAAAAAAAAAAACUUAUUAGUUCGGAAAUUCUACCCUCCAAAUUUGCAGCUUCCAUAUAGCUCUUCAAUCCCCGUUAGUCGAUUUCCCUCAUUCCCGAUUAUUACAGGUUUGGGGGAACUUUAUUUGACUGUGGGAUUUCAAUGGAGAGUCUGGAAGGAGGAUCAGAUGGUAUCAGUCAAAUGAAGCAAACACAAGAGCCACUGAUAUGUGGGCUUCCUGAUGAUAUCGCGCUUUUCUGCUUGGCUAGAGUCCCUCGAGAGUAUCACGUUGUCCUCAAGUGUGUUUCGAGGAGAUGGAGGGACCUGGUGCAUCGUGAAGAGUGGCAUGCUUAUCGUAGAAAGCAGAAUUUAGGUGAAACUUGGAUCUAUGCUUUGUGUAGAGACAAGUUUGAGCAGAUUUGUUGUUAUGUAUUGGAUCCCAAUUCCUUAAAAAGGUCUUGGAAGCGGAUGCUGGAGCUUCCAUCUUGUAGCUUGCGGAGAAAAGGAAUAGGUUUUGAAGUGUUGGGGAAGAAACUUUACUUGAUGGGUGGCAGCAGAUGGUCUGAAGAUGCUACUGAUGAGGUCUACUGUUAUGAUGCUUCUAACAACACUUGGACUGAAGCUAAUCCCCUAUCAACCGCAAGGUGCUACUUCGCUUGUGAAGUUCUUGAUCAGAAAAUCUAUGCAAUCGGGGGAUUGGGUUUAAACUCAAGCGUUCCACAUUCUUGGGAGACUUAUGAUCCUUGCACAAACAAUUGGAAUUCUUACUCAGAUUCAAACAUUAUUCCUGAAAUUGAAGAUUCUUUUGUAUUGGAUGGGAAGAUCUAUAUUCGCUGUGGCAGAUCUGCUGUAACUUCCCAUGUUUAUGCAGUAGUUUAUGAACCAUCGAGUGGCACUUGGCAGCAUGCAGAUGCUGAGAUGGUGUCAGGCUGGCAGGGUCCUGCAGUUGUUGUAGAUGGGACUCUUUAUGUGCUGGAUGAGAGUUCUGGAACAAGGUUAAUGAUGUGGCAGAAGGAUAUUAGGGAGUGGGUGGCCAUAGGGAGGCUUUCAUCCCUGCUUACAAGACCACCCUGCAAGCUUGUUGCCAUAGGAAAGAGCAUUUAUGUGACAGGGAAGGGGCGGAGCACAGUAGUUGUUGAUGUUAGCAAUGCAGGAAAUAUGGAAGGGAUGAUGGUAAGUUCUUCUAUACCUGAACUGAGUUCAAAUGAUGAGAUAAUAAGCUGUAAAUGUUUGGCCAUCUGAAUUAUUUGGUACUAGGAAGGCUUGGGCUUGGAUUUGUGGAAAGUCUAUUGUUUUGCUAUAUUCUGAAAACAAUAAGUUCUGACCUCAGAAUGAAAAAUCAUUGCUUAUGUAACUUACAUGUAUCAUUCUAUACAAGACUUUUCAGUUUCUACUAA